AUGUGGUAGUAAUUAUGACCGAAGAAAUUUCCAAUGAGUUAUGUAAAAACGAUGAAGUAGAGAGGAAGAUGAUAGGAAAGUAUUAUUGGUAGCAGAAAGAAGUCUCAACGAAGAAGAGAGGGUUGGUUAGGUCUUCACUUUACCUUUUCCUCUCAAUCUUCAAUCUUCAAUCUUCAUCUUCCUCCUCCUCCUCUCAAACACAAAUCCCAAUUCUUAUUCAAUUCAUAAUCUUUUUUCCUUUAUCCCCUCAUAUCCACGUUUUCUCCAAAAAAAAAAAAAAAAGAAGGUUUUUUUAUCGUCUUGUUUGACUUCGUUGUCUGAAUCGCUUGUCGUAGAACAGGGUCGAGGUACCGCAGCUAUGCAGAGUCAAAUUGUGUGUAAUGGUUGUAGGAGCAUGUUGCUUUAUCCUAGAGGGGCAACCAAUGUUUGUUGUGCAUUGUGCAACACAAUCACCCCUGUUCCUCCACCUGGGAUGGAUAUGGCUCAACUAUAUUGUGGAGGCUGUAGAACAUUGCUAAUGUACACACGCGGGGCUACAAGUGUCAGGUGUUCUUGCUGUCACACUGUAAACCUUGCUCCAGCAUCUAAUCAAGUCGCCCAUGUCCCUUGCGGGAACUGCCGGACAACACUCAUGUAUCCUUAUGGAGCUCCUUCAGUCAAAUGUGCUGUUUGUCACUAUAUUACUAAUAUCAAUAUGUCCAAUGGAAGGCUUCCAAUUCCUGGUCAAAGACCUAAUGGGACAACCAACUCGGGAACGAUGCCUUCUACUUCAACAUCGAUGCCCCAAUCUCAGAGCCAAACAGUGGUGGUAGAAAAUCCAAUGUCUGUUGAUUCAAGUGGGAAAUUGGUGAGCAAUGUUGUUGUUGGCGUUACAACAGAUAAGAAAUAAUGCAGUCAUGUAUAGAAGGUGCAGUAUAUGAUGCAUUAUCACAGUUGCUGUCACAAGAAGAUAUUGUAUGAGUAUUUGUACAUGUAUAUCAUACGAUAUUUCAGCCUCCAAUAGUUUCAUUCAAAAGAAUCAUUCCUUUUUCGAAUCAGGGUUAUACGUAUAUCAGUAUGUAUAUGUAUAUGGAGAGGACAAGUUGUGGUAAGGGCUGUGUGAUUGGUUCAUUCUUGUUUUAUUGUUGUAACGUAGUACUUUGUAGACGAGCAGAAGUCAUUUCUUUCAUUUCUUGUUACGCAUGUGGUUUUAUUGAUGAUCUGUUAGGAUCGUGUGUGGAUAUUCGAUACAAGCAUUGUGUGAUAUAAUAACGGAUCUGGUUGAAUACUUGAUAAUUGAUAUUGAAUGCUGUAAAGGCAUUGUGCUAUAAAAUGAAGUUUUACCGAUCA